AUGUGGCAGCGCUGUGCCCGCCGUGUCACCGAGGCCAUCGAGCGCGUGGUGGAGUUCGCCAAACGCCUGCGGGGCUUCCUGGAGCUCAGCCAGCACGACCAGAUCGUCCUGCUCAAGGCGGGUGACAGUCCCCAAAGUCCCCUCAUCCUCCCUGGGGAGGUGACACCGCCCCGGCCCACCACCGAGUGGGGCCCCUCGGGUUGGUGGCGGUGUCGCCGGUGCCACCAGCGCUGUCGCCGCCCCGCGGGGGUGACAGGUGCCAUGGAGGUCGUCCUGGUCCGGAUGUGUCGCGCCUUCGACGCCGCCACCCGCACGGUCCUGUUCGAGGGCAAACUGGCCGGGCCCGAGCUCUUCCGCUCGCUGGGGUGCCCCGAGCUCGUCGCGUCCAUCUUCGACCUGGCUCAGGGGCUGAGCGCGCUGCGCUGCUCCGAGAGCGAGCUGGGGCUGCUGAGCGCUCUGCUGCUCGUCAACGCCGACCUGUCCGUGUACCCCCAGCUCUGUCCCCACGCCCCUGUGGUGUCCCCACACCUGUGUCCGUGUCCCCACGCCCCUGUGGUGUCCCCAGGCCGGCCGUGGCUGCAGGACCGGCCGCGGGUGGCCCGGCUCCAGGGACAUCUGGAUGUCGCCUUCCGGCUCCUGCUGCGCCGGACCCGCCGCGAGGGGCUCCUGGCCAGGCCGUGUCCCCGCAGCUCCCCUCCCCGGGCCGGCUCCGCGCUCUGUGCUCGCAGCACCUGGAGCAGCCUGAGCAGCCUGCAGAAAACCGCCCUGCUCCUGGGAGUCCCCGCCGCCGCCACCGUGCUCUACAUCCUGUACCGGCGCUACCGGGAGAGCCGAGAGGUGCAGGUGACCGUGGUGGCAGACGAGGGGCUGGAGGUCGGGGUGCGGGUGCCCCGCAGCGCGCUGAAAUCGCUGAUCGGCCGCCGGGGAGCCACCAUCAACCAGCUGAGGCAGGAGACGGGAGCGCAGAUCGAUGUGGAGGAGGAGGAGGAGGAGGAGGAAGGGGGCCAGUCCCUGGUGCAGAUCUCGGGCUCACCUGGCCAGGUGUGCCGGGCCAGGGCGGCCGUGCUGCGAAUCGUGGCCGACAGCGCUCCCGUGGCCGAGCAGCUCCGUGUGCCCCAGAGGGCUGUGGGCAGGAUCAUCGGCCGAGGCGGGGAGACCGUGCGGGGCAUCUGCCGGAGCUCGGGGGCUCGCGUGGAGUGCGGCCACGAGCCCGACGCCAGCCUGGCCCCGCUGCGCAUCAUCCGCCUGCUGGGGACGCGCAAGGAGGUGGAGGCGGCCAAGAAGCUGAUCCUGGAGAAGCUGUCGGAGGACAAAGCGUUCCGCAGGGAGCUGGCGCAGGCGGCGGCCGCUCGAUGCCCUCGGAAACAGCCCCUGGGCAACCGCCGGGAGCCUCCGGGGCCACCGCCCCCCGCUCCUCCCGGUGGCCCCGAGGGCUGGCAGGAGUGCUGGGAUGUGCACUGGCCACCGGGGGCUAUCCCGGACAGCGCUCCUGGCACGGGAACGGCGGCGGGGAGCGAGGGGCUGGAGGGGCUGGAGCCGAACCCGGAGCUGGAGGAGCCGAACCCAGAGCUGGAGGAGCCGAACCCGGAGCUGGAGGAGCCGAACCCGGAGCUGGAGGAGCCGAACCCGGAGCUGGAGGAGCCGAACCCGGAGCUGGAGGAGCCGGGCCCGGAGCUGGAGGAGCCGAACCCGGAGCUGGAGGAGCCGAACCCAGAGCUGGAGGAGCCCGUGCCCAAGUUCGAGGCAGUGCCCAGCCCGGAUUUCAGCUUCCCUGCAGACGAGCAUUUGGAUGUUUACGUGUCAGCUGCCGAGAGCCCCGGGCACUUCUGGAUCCAACUGCUGGGCACACGCAGCCUGCAGCUGGACAAACUGACAGCCGAGAUGGGGCACUUCUACCAGAGCAGCGCCCCCGUCCCUCCCCCGUCCGUCCAUGCCGGGGCCAUCGUGGCCGCUCCGUACCUGGACGAUGGCGAGUGGUACCGGGCGCGUGUCCUGGGGACACUGGACAACGGCCACCUGGACCUGUACUACGUGGACUUUGGGGACAACGGCGAGGCCCCCCCCGAGGCUCUGCGGGCCCUCAGGAGCGACUUCCUGAGCCUGCCCUUCCAGGCCAUCGAGUGCAGCCUGGCCGGGAUUGUCCCCAACGGGGACAGCUGGCCCGAGGCGGCUCUGGACGAGUUUGACCGGCUCACGCACUGUGCCCAGUGGACACCGCUGGUGGCCCGGAUCUGCAGCUACAGCCAGGCCGGGCCCUGCCCCCGGCCCAGCGUGCAGCUCUUCACCCAGCGCCACGGCCAGAGCCUGGACGUGGGAGCAGAGCUGGUGCGUUUGGGCUACGCCGUGCCCAGGCCCCCCGAGGAGCCCCCGGACAAUCUCGGCUGUGCCUCCAUCCUGAGCCCAGCAGAGCCUGGGACCCCGCAGAGCCCCGGGGACAGCGCCGGGGACAGCACCGGGGACAGCGCCGGGGACAGCACCGGGACCCUGUCCUGCCUCAGCCUGCCCGCCGCUGCCGUUCCCGGGGACGCCGUCACGGUCUCCUGA